UUCAGGAGGUUCAGGAUGUUUUCCAGGCCUGGAACAGAAGAUACAGAAAGCGAUCUGCUUCGUUUUCAAGAGGAGUUCCUUGCAGGUCGUUUGAACCCAUCAGCCACUGUCGUUCGUUCGAAUAAUGAAGGAGAGAAUCGCCCUGCAUCGGCAGGAGGAAAGCGCGUCUCUCCGUCUGCACCCGAAGUAGAAAGGGACGUUGUUACUUUGGAAGGUAACAGAUGUCUUAUUGCAUAUGCAUGUCAUUUUUAAUGAGUGAGGAGAAAAGUUAUAGAAAACAACCCACCAAAUUGCAUAGGUCAUUAUUCCCAAGCCCGCGCAGAAAACUGCAAUUCAACUUGUAACUUUUUAACUUGCUAACACACGUUAGCUUAAAAUGUGAUUUAUAAUCUUUUUAAAGGGCUUCCAACAUUGCAGCCUCCUAACCAAGCAGAUCCUGGUUUACCACCUAAAAAGAAAUCAAGAUUCAAGUCAAGACGUCAGGUUUGUGUUUGUAUUCUAACUGAUAUUCCAAGGUUCCCUAACAGAGAUGCCAACCUCUGGGGAUCUAAAAUCUGGAAAUCCUCUCUUUUUGCAUUAAGCCCCCCUCCCUCUGCCAAAUAUCAACAGACCCCCCUCCCUCCCACCCUUCCCCCUUCACUGAUAAGCACAAAUUUACACAGUCUCCAAAAUAAUUGUAACAUGGAAAAUGUGUUGGACAUUAGAAUUAUGAAGUGUUUUAUGAAGCACAUACCAUCAAAGUUUGCUUAAUCAUAACAAAAUUACUGUCAAACUCCGAAAACUGUGAAUGGCUGAAAAUUUUCAGGAAUGUUGAUUGUGUAGUGACCAAUCACAAUGAAGUUCAGGACAUGCGAGCAAACCACAAAACCACAAACUAGCUACUGUUGCUGUUUGCAGUUUAGGUUUCUCACUCCUUAUAGAUGGCUUUCUCCUCACAACACAGUAACAUUAGUAACAUUCCUUGAAUAUUUCUGGUGUGAAUAUUCACGGUUUUGUGAGUUUCACAGUAAUAAUCUUUGUCAGUGAUGAAACUCAUGAAUGCAAGAAUGUCCAGAAACCGUACUAUGAAAUCAAAAACAUUUUUAGAUUUUGAGGAAACGGAGUAAAUUCCAAGCUAAAGCCCAGAAAAGCUCUAAAAGUUGACUUUAUUUUGCAAGAUUUAUUGACCCUUGUGGGAGAGCAGGGAAUUGGUGCCACAUCUGGGAGAGUUAUCAUAUAUGACUGACUGAGCACUGCACACUUAGGUGGGGGAAUGGGAAAAGAAGGGGCAGUCAGUGCAAAUUUCACUUACUCAUCCUCAUUACCGUGACCAAGACAUAAGCUCCUCAGUGUCCUGUGUGCUGUGUGCUGUGUGCUUUGUGCUGUGUGCUGUGUGCUGUGUGCUGUUACCUUGUUAUGGUGGGGGAGCUUGUAUGCCUUAACGAUGCUGUGAGCUAUCAGGGCUGGGACUUAAGCUCCUGGCAGGUCCAAUCAAGCAGGGCAGGUUACAGAGAAAAGUACAGACUAAAAGUCAGCACCUGGUCCUCCAGGUUGGGGUUGGGCGUGGGGCAAACAACCCCACCCCGGAAAAAAACAACUUGUUACCAAAACAGUGCAAAUUUACCAGAUAAAUAAUAUGACAUUGAAUAACAGUACAUUAACAGUGUCUUUGCUGUGCUGUUCUAGAUCUUCAUCCAUUUUUUUUUAUUUUACUUUAUGAGAUUAAGUACAUAAAGGUUAUUUUUAUAGUCUCCUUUUUCCCAUUAAACGGUCAAGGGGGAAGUUGCCUAUUUCCAGUUUGUAGUCUAAGUUGACCUUUGCCUGUCAGUGGUAGAUACCAUUAUCUAGCCUUGUAUGUAUUCCCCAUACCAGAGAAUGGCAUUUCACUGCCCCAAGGUGGUGAUAUAUACAGUGUUCAUGCAUCAAUACAAACUGUAGAUAUUUCCCCGUGCCCCUUUUCUCAAGCAGUUACUUUUUAUAUAGGUUGUGGUUAAUUUAGACCGUUCAUUCGAACUUGUCCCAACCCUAUCAGUGACACAAAUUAAAAUAGUGAGGUGCAGUAAAGCAGGUGAUAUAUUAUGUGUUCAAUCAGCUUUCUUUUCUUUCUCAAGAAUAAAGAGCAAGAUGAUAAAGAGGAUGUAGACUGUGCAGAACUACUAGACAGUAGGUAUUAAGUAAUUUAAUUAUUCCAAUGGCAGGUUAAUUUUAAUUCAGUUAGUAUAGGUCAUAGCAUGAUUUGUAGAGAUAUUUCAAAGUUGUUAUACGUAAUUUCACGGGCCGUUAGGCAUGUGAAAUUUGAGACAAUUUUGAAACAUCACUAGUGGUAUUGAUGCCAAAUAUCACGUACAAAUCAUGCUAUUAUUCGUUUAUACUACUACCUGCAAAAGGUUUGUAAUUUUCACAUGUAGGUAUUUCAAAUUAAGCUGAAAUACCACUGCUCUAAGCCAAUCAAAUUGCAGAAAUUUCUCAUGUAGUAGUAUAAAUGUCUGAAUAAUACAAACUUUGAGUACAGGACACCAUAUAAAACAUGUGUAAACCCUGCUGAGUUCUGUUCAAGAUAAGGGCAUUUUGAUGCCUCUAUAUUAGCUUUUGUUGUUGCCUCCCGCACCCAAAAAGUAUCUUAGGGCUGCAAGAACGAAAAUAAUGUUGUGAUCAAAUUAAUAUCACUUAAUGAGAGAUCAUCACCCAUUUGAUUUCCCCUUACACUAGAGGCUUUUCACAAAGAGGUAAAUAUAAUACUAGAAAAAUGUACAAGAUCAUUAAAUAUAAUAGUAUUAUUAUAAACUAUGUAAACAUUACUUAAAAGUAUUUUAUUUUUGUUUUUGGCAGUUCAUGACAGACAUGUUACUUCAGUGCUCUCUCAAAUUAAGGUACAUACAUUGUACAUGUAGUGGAUCAAUUAUUUUUUGUUCAAAUUUUAUCUCCUUUGCUUUUGGUAUUUUAAUGUAUUAUUGACUUUUAAACAAAGAAAAGUAAGAUUAGAUCCAGGAAAAAAAUUGAACCACAACAUGCAUAAGUUCUAUUUCUGCUUUUAUAAAUAUUAGAGAGGUACAUUCUGUUGUCUCCAGGGGGUAAUGUUUAUAUGUUACAGGUCAAAAUUAAAUUCCAGUUAAAAUUGUUUAACUUAGGUUAAUUCUCAAUUUCCUUUGCCUCUUUGCCCUAAUUAUUCAUAAAAUUUAAGAUUAAUCAGGGCUAGGAGAGAAAAGAAAAUUGAGAAUCAAUCUAGGUUAAAAAUUUUUAGCCUGAAUUUAAUUUUGACCUGUAACAUAUACAGGUAUGAUGUCAUAUUAAACCACUAAAAACCUAUUGGCAUACAUGUAUAAAUGGUACCCUAUUAUUAUUGAUCGUAGUUUGUAUUGAAAAAGUCAAGAUAUUGCAUUAAUGAAGAUUGUUUUUCUUCAUUUUAAGGAGAGGGAAAUUCAGUAUGGAAGUAUCCGAGCUCCUGAGGUAUCUGAAAGGGGAUUCCCUGUAGCUCUUCAUCGUGGAAAUAUGACUGAUCAGGUGAUUAUUAAAUUUUUGACCAUGAAUCUACAUGUACUUCAUACAAAUUGGUUUUUAAAAUUCAGUCGAAUUUCUUAAUUAUGGAGCAAAGCUGAAUUUUUUUGUAUUUUAAAUUCAUUAAAUCUUAAAGCUGCCUAACCACACAUACUGAUUUAAAUAAUUGGCUCACUGAAGCUUGUUAUUUUCUGAUAUAUUUCAUUUCCUUCUCUAGUCUGUUCUGUGGUGUAUUAACCCUUUAAACUCCAAGAUCCGCAAACAAAUUCUCCAGCUUUAUCUCCAUACAUUUCUUUUAAGAAUAGUUGAGAGAAUUUGGUUUAAGAUCAAAGUAUUCUUCCUUUGAUAAUCAAUCUAGUAAUUCUCAUAACUUUUACUCUUGAUGAUUUGCUGAUGUUGUUAGGAGAAAAUUGAUGCUGGUCACUCUUGGAACCUUAAGGAUUAACUGAGUUCAUGUACAUAUACCUAUAUUCCAACAGAAGUCAUCAUCAACCAAAGGCAAUAACUCUGAAGGCAAAAGGAGCUUAUUUGCACGACAGUUUGCAGCUUCAGGAGGCAUUACCUUUGGUGUCAAAGAACAUAAGAGGGAUAAUUCACAGCUUAAAACGAAAACAAAGGAGACUCUUAAAGUUAAUUCACCUCGAGCUCCACAAUUUGUCAAUUCUUCAAUUGUCUCUGGAGAGGGUCUUAUGCAAUCUGGUAGCAAAGAAAUGCUUUUAAAUAAGGAAGUUGAAGAAAUACAUAAGGAGAACACUGCCAAACUAGAAUCCAUGUCACAUGAGGAAAUAUUGGAGGAACAAGCCAGGAUAAAGGCUUCCUUAGGUAAGGCUAAAAUUAGGUUCAGCAUAAAACUUGUUACAGUUACACUGGUCAACAGAGGUGAGCCUGGAAAAAGAUGCUGCAUAGGGGAGGGGUGUGUGUAGCAGACAGAACCUGAAAGGGUGCUUAGAGAUAUAUGUCACCAUGGUGACACAGUAAGAGUCUUCCAUCUGUGCAAAUAGUUUAAUAGCAUUUUUCAAGUCUAGGCUAAAGACAAACCUUUUUAAGCUUGCUUAAUUAGUUAUUUCUAUAUUUGUGCUGUAAUUAGGAUGUUGGUUAAUUUUUAAAGUUAUGUAAAGUGCUUAGAAAUGUUUUUAUGAACACUAUAUAAAUACCACUAUCAUUAUCAUCAUUAUCAUUAUCACAUCUUCAGGCCCUAAUUCUUCAAAAGAUGGCUAACACUACCUGCUGGAUAAAUCAAUGGCUUCUGCAUACACGUACAUCACUUAAAUUAUGGCUACUAAAUGAAAUUUAGGCUAAGUUAAACUACACUGUGGAGACAUUUCUGGCCAGUACUUUCUUGUUGGAGUUAUUCUGGGGUGCCCUUAUCCCAUUGCAGGGGCUCAUGGUUUUUUAACAGCCAUUCUCUUGAGGUCAGGCCAUUACAUUGGGGUGUGAUUGUUUUUCCUAGCUUGUGCUUAGCUUGCAAAGUGUUUUUUUUCCUGCUCUCUACCCUUCGAAAUUCCCCCCACCCCACCCCCACCUCUGGUAAGUAUAUAGUAAGUAUGCUAGCUUCCACUGAUUAGCAGUGUUACAGUGUCUGUGUGGAUGCUACCAUCAGCCUCCCAGGCACCUCCCACACCUCUCAUCUCUGUACAUUCUGCACUUACCAUUGAUACAUGUACAGUUGACUGCCGAUAACUCAAACCCUUGCUAACUUGAACCUCACGCUAACUCGAACCAAAGUCGAUUUCCCCUGGAUUUCUUUCAUACAUUUACUGUAAUUUUACCCUCGGUAACUCAAACCUCCCGCGAACUCGAAGUAAUUUUUGUUUCCCUUCAGAUUAUUUGUAUCGAGAUAACUCGAACCAUGUUUUUAGAGUGUGACAAGUUGGAAAAAAAAACAGUGUACCAACGUACUGAGUCCGAAGCACUGAAUUUAUCUCAAAACAACCGUGUCAUUUCUUUGUCGUUACUUUUCUUUUCACUCCAGUUCAAAUUCAGUGUCCAUCCUUGUGAAGUGUGCGUGAUACUUGCAUUCCCCCCUCGUUUUUUCGCUUACUUCCGGUUAUUUGCUUGGAACUCCAGAUAACUCGAACUUAUUCCGAUUUCGCUAGAAGGUUCAAGUUAUGGGGAGUCAACUGUAUUAAAUGUGGCCGGUGAUACUGUUAGCAGAUGGUUCAUGAUGUCUAAUUACAUGUACAUGUAUGGCUGCCGUUCUUUUGAAACAUUCAGAUGUCUUUUACAUAUUAUGAAACCACACAUUUCUUAGUGUGACUUUCUUUUUGUCAGAUCCAAGUCUUGUUGCAUUUUUAACAUUGAGACAGAGGAAAAACGAAGAUGAAAGAACACAUACAGAUACAAGCAUGGAGAGGAGCAAUGGAGGUGAAUUCCAUGGACAUAUUACAAGCUGUGCAAUGGAUAUAGAAUCUAACCAUGAUGGGAAACAUGUGCAUUUCAGUGAAAAUGUUGAAAUAAUAAAACCAGAUAAUGAAGAAGAAACAAUAUCAGAUCAUUCAACAGCAGAUGGUUGCAUAACAAUUGGUGAUAUGGAGGUCUCCAGUAAGUGGCUUCACAUGGGUACUGUGGAAACCGAGAAGCUAGAAUGGAUGAAAGACUGUCAGACACCCAGUGCUGUGGAAAGUAAGGUAUAUACUUUUAUCUUUCUCUGUAGUUAGCUAUAAGUCUCCUUUGCAGGCAUUCUGUAAUUGUGUCAUCACACAGUGCUCCUGCUUUUUUUUUUUGUGGGGAGGAGCAAUCAUGACCUUAAGAGUCCAUAAACUUCACUUGGAAGGAGAAGGAAUGAACAGUUUAGAUUAUAUGACCCUGCCUCCGAAACAGCUUUGAUUUUAAUUCUUUGGACAUCAUAUGAAGCCCAUCAAAGAGCACGAGCUUUGCCAAGAGGCAAUGUUGUAGAUAAAAUCCAUUCUUAAGUUAAACCAGACUUUCCUCAUUUGUCUCCUUUAUUGGCAGGAAACAAACAAAAUUCUGAAUCAAACUAGGGGUGAUCAAGAUCAGGAUCAGUGAUCAGAGAUCACUGAUGCAUAGUACAUCGUACGUCAAAUGAACUAAUCAGUCCUUUCUCAGGGUGGAUUUGUUGGUUCCUUUGAUGUACUAUGAGUGCAUGAUCUCGGAUCACUGAUCCCAAUGUAACUCGCCCCAGCCUGAAUGCUUUUUGCCUGAUAAGGAAUUUUACCUACACAUCUGAUCUGAAGUUCUGAUUGUUAGCUUGUAAUGAAAGAUAUUUUAUCUGUAAAUGUAUCCCUACAGGAAGGAAGGCAAGCUCGCUUUGACUUUAAUGGCAAUCUAGUCGACCAAAGUGAUGACAUUCCAGAGUAUCUGGGUCUCCAUCACCACGGCGAUGACCCAAGCUCUGCAGGUUACACUCUUGAGGAGUUGACUGUUUUGGCAAGAAGCAGUUUUUUACAGCAGCGGGUGUUGGCCCUACAAGUUCUGGCUAGGAUCAUAAGACAGGUAUUAGUGUCUCUCAAGGUUUUUUUCAACUAGCUUGAUUAAACAGCCACUGGUUUCCCUCGGAUCAAUAUGAGGUGUAACAAGUGAGUGCAGAAAUUCCAGUUCUGAAUGGUUUAAGCAGAUUUGCCUCUAAGCACAACCAAUCAGAAGCACGACUGAGAUCUGGGUAGCAACAUGUCAUCAGUAUGGAAUUUCUGCACUUGUUCCAUAGAGGUCAUUUUGCAGGGAAACAAACCACUAGUGGCAUCAUAAAAUGUGAGCAGUUUUCUCAGGCUAAUUUCAACUAGUAUCACGGAUGCUACAAGUUUUUUUCAGGUUGUUUGACAAAUUGUAUGUCUCCCUAUUUUCAACCUUGCCAGGUCUUCGUGGAAAAAUGUGCAUCAUUUCCAAGGCUGUAACCCUUACCAGUCGACCUUCAGUUUGUAAAUGAGUGAACUUCUCAUGUGGCAUAUGCUUUCAUUAACUGCAAAGCUUACCUGUAUUGUGUCUUCCUUUCUGAAUUCUUUUCCAGGCUCAGCUGGGUGUAUUUCAAGAGCAUCUUGAUGACAAUAUAGUGUCCGUUCUUCUUGAUGCAGGAGUUCUGUUUCUUCUCAGAUGGGCAUUAGAUGACUCCUCCGAUGCUGUCAUAGCAGCUGCCAUCCAGUGUUUUGCUGCUAUUCUCAUUGUGCCAAGUGACAAGGUAUGCAUGAUUAUUAACCCUGUCACUCCCAGACAAAUAAAUUUCCAACUUUCAUUUUCUUUAAAACGCUGAAAUCUAAAUCUGGUCUCCCAAGUGGCUUCUAAACCAGAAUUUUUUCUCGCGAAGGAGAAAAUGUCCAUCGCAUUGGCGACCAUUAUUAGUCACAAUUUUGAGCCCUGCAUACAGAUCAUGAGAAGUAAGAGAACGUUCACUGGAUAUACAGGUGGAUAGUUUUGGUUCCCAUAUCAGGUACUGUUGAAGAAAAAGUUAAAACAGCAGUUAUGACCCACACCAGUGGCAGAUCCAGACCUUCAGGUAAGUGGGGGGCCCGGUCAUCCGGUCAUCCCUAAGAUAAGGAGGGAGGGGGGGCGGCGUUAAAAAAAUUUUUUGGUCUAAAAAUAGGGGAGCCGGCCCCCCUUGGGCCCCUCCCCUGGAUCUGCCACUGCACACAAACAACUUUGUAGUAAUCAAGAGCUCAGCAUGAUUUUACUCCUGUAAAGUAUAGAACAAGGGCAUUUUCCCAGCACCUCGAUACUUCAUUAAUAGUAGAGGGUCAGGGUGCAAAGGAAAUAAUUUUUACAGCUUGCCAUUUGGGCAAGCUGAAGCUAGCAUUUACUAGCCAAAGUGUCAUUUCAACUAGCCCCAAAAGCUUUUUUGACGAGUGGAAUUAAUUUCACAGUUCUUCCUUUAUUCGAAUUGCUCAAAAAACAUCACUUGCCUGUUGGGCAAGUUAAGAACAUAAUUCACUAGCCCGAUAGCAAAAUCCACUAGCCCAGGCUAUCGGGUACUACUUUCUUUUCAAGCUGAGGAUUCCUUCUUAGAGUAAUCCCUAAAUACUUACAGACCUUUCAUUGUAGGAAUUAGCUGAUAAGUUGUUCAGCUUUCCACGUGGACAUGAACUUCCAUCAUUGAGCCCUGUUAAUGAGAAAGAACAAAAAAGGUCUAAUGAAGAGGAAGAAGGAGAAAAGGGAUUGACAGAUGCUGAGCUACUCAAGCAAGAUGUUGUUAAAGUACGUAGCAAUGCAGGCUGAGCUAAAACUGGGCUAAAACUGCAUGGGAUGAACUCAAUAGUAAUACCACUGCAUACAUAUUGUGUGUAAGGCUUUUUGUAGGCUGAAUGAUGACAAUUUAGAGACUUUUUGGGGUUAAAAAAAUCAAUAUUCUGCAGAAUGGAUGGAUAAUUAAGAAAAUCAGUCUAUCCUUGUUGUAAGAGCCUGUAAUGUUUACAGGUGGUGUAAAAGAAAGAAAACAAUGCAGUCAACACAAUAAAGCCUUGGAAAAUAAAAGGGAACAACAGUUAGCCUGAGAAAACCAAUGCUUCCACUUGUUUCGCAGCAUAAUGGUGUCUGAGGAACAAGGAUAGAUAUUCCAUACUGAUGAAGUGUCCCUACUCAGGUCGGGAAGCGCUACUGAUCAGAUAUGAAGUAAAUUAGAUGAUCAAAAGUAAAUUUUCAACCAGAAGAGAAUGAUCACCUAAGGCAAAAUAAUAAUUUCAUCUUUUAUUAAAUUCUGUCAAAUAAUUCUUUGAGAAAAUUAUAGAGAUCAGUCUGAAAAAUUACCUGAGAGGCAUGUUACAUAUUCUAGACUUUUGUGAUAUUGUGAUGUUGUUGAAUAUUCCCAGGGACUGAUUCAGAUGAGUAUAUUGCCGAGACUAAGAUACGUACUUGAAGUUUGUUGUCCAGCAGCCCCUGCAGUUCAGGACAUUCUGGAUAUUCUCACGAGAAUUUGUCAACAUUCUACACAAGUCGCAAGUGAAGUCAUUAAAUGUCCAAGACUUGUGGAAGCCAUCUUUGUUAACUUUCUUCUGCUGGAUAAAUCAAUGGCUUCUGCAUACACGUACAUCACUUAAAUUAUGGCUACUAAAUGAAAUUUAGGCUAAGUUAAACUACACUGUGGAGACAUUUCUGGCCAGUACUUUCUUGUUGGAGUUAUUCUGGGGUGCCCUUAUCCCAUUGCAGGGGCUCAUGGUUUUUUAACAGCCAUUCUCUUGAGGUCAGGCCAUUACAUUGGGGUGUGAUUGUUUUUCCUAGCUUGUGCUUAGCUUGCAAAGUGUUUUUUUUCCUGCUCUCUACCCUUCGAAAUUCCCCCCACCCCACCCCCACCUCUGGUAAGUAUAUAGUAAGUAUGCUAGCUUCCACUGAUUAGCAGUGUUACAGUGUCUGUGUGGAUGCUACCAUCAGCCUCCCAGGCACCUCCCACACCUCUCAUCUCUGUACAUUCUGCACUUACCAUUGAUACAUGUACAGUUGACUGCCGAUAACUCAAACCCUUGCUAACUUGAACCUCACGCUAACUCGAACCAAAGUCGAUUUCCCCUGGAUUUCUUUCAUACAUUUACUGUAAUUUUACCCUCGGUAACUCAAACCUCCCGCGAACUCGAAGUAAUUUUUGUUUCCCUUCAGAUUAUUUGUAUCGAGAUAACUCGAACCAUGUUUUUAGAGUGUGACAAGUUGGAAAAAAAAACAGUGUACCAACGUACUGAGUCCGAAGCACUGAAUUUAUCUCAAAACAACCGUGUCAUUUCUUUGUCGUUACUUUUCUUUUCACUCCAGUUCAAAUUCAGUGUCCAUCCUUGUGAAGUGUGCGUGAUACUUGCAUUCCCCCCUCGUUUUUUCGCUUACUUCCGGUUAUUUGCUUGGAACUCCAGAUAACUCGAACUUAUUCCGAUUUCGCUAGAAGGUUCAAGUUAUGGGGAGUCAACUGUAUUAAAUGUGGCCGGUGAUACUGUAAGCAGAUGGUUCAUGAUGUCUAAUUACAUGUACAUGUAUGGCUGCCGUUCUUUUGAAACAUUCAGAUGUCUUUUACAUAUUAUGAAACCACACAUUUCUUAGUGUGACUUUCUUUUUGUCAGAUCCAAGUCUUGUUGCAUUUUUAACAUUGAGACAGAGGAAAAACGAAGAUGAAAGAACACAUACAGAUACAAGCAUGGAGAGGAGCAAUGGAGGUGAAUUCCAUGGACAUAUUACAAGCUGUGCAAUGGAUAUAGAAUCUAACCAUGAUGGGAAACAUGUGCAUUUCAGUGAAAAUGUUGAAAUAAUAAAACCAGAUAAUGAAGAAGAAACAAUAUCAGAUCAUUCAACAGCAGAUGGUUGCAUAACAAUUGGUGAUAUGGAGGUCUCCAGUAAGUGGCUUCACAUGGGUACUGUGGAAACCGAGAAGCUAGAAUGGAUGAAAGACUGUCAGACACCCAGUGCUGUGGAAAGUAAGGUAUAUACUUUUAUCUUUCUCUGUAGUUAGCUAUAAGUCUCCUUUGCAGGCAUUCUGUAAUUGUGUCAUCACACAGUGCUCCUGCUUUUUUUUUUUGUGGGGAGGAGCAAUCAUGACCUUAAGAGUCCAUAAACUUCACUUGGAAGGAGAAGGAAUGAACAGUUUAGAUUAUAUGACCCUGCCUCCGAAACAGCUUUGAUUUUAAUUCUUUGGACAUCAUAUGAAGCCCAUCAAAGAGCACGAGCUUUGCCAAGAGGCAAUGUUGUAGAUAAAAUCCAUUCUUAAGUUAAACCAGACUUUCCUCAUUUGUCUCCUUUAUUGGCAGGAAACAAACAAAAUUCUGAAUCAAACUAGGGGUGAUCAAGAUCAGGAUCAGUGAUCAGAGAUCACUGAUGCAUAGUACAUCGUACGUCAAAUGAACUAAUCAGUCCUUUCUCAGGGUGGAUUUGUUGGUUCCUUUGAUGUACUAUGAGUGCAUGAUCUCGGAUCACUGAUCCCAAUGUAACUCGCCCCAGCCUGAAUGCUUUUUGCCUGAUAAGGAAUUUUACCUACACAUCUGAUCUGAAGUUCUGAUUGUUAGCUUGUAAUGAAAGAUAUUUUAUCUGUAAAUGUAUCCCUACAGGAAGGAAGGCAAGCUCGCUUUGACUUUAAUGGCAAUCUAGUCGACCAAAGUGAUGACAUUCCAGAGUAUCUGGGUCUCCAUCACCACGGCGAUGACCCAAGCUCUGCAGGUUACACUCUUGAGGAGUUGACUGUUUUGGCAAGAAGCAGUUUUUUACAGCAGCGGGUGUUGGCCCUACAAGUUCUGGCUAGGAUCAUAAGACAGGUAUUAGUGUCUCUCAAGGUUUUUUUCAACUAGCUUGAUUAAACAGCCACUGGUUUCCCUCGGAUCAAUAUGAGGUGUAACAAGUGAGUGCAGAAAUUCCAGUUCUGAAUGGUUUAAGCAGAUUUGCCUCUAAGCACAACCAAUCAGAAGCACGACUGAGAUCUGGGUAGCAACAUGUCAUCAGUAUGGAAUUUCUGCACUUGUUCCAUAGAGGUCAUUUUGCAGGGAAACAAACCACUAGUGGCAUCAUAAAAUGUGAGCAGUUUUCUCAGGCUAAUUUCAACUAGUAUCACGGAUGCUACAAGUUUUUUUCAGGUUGUUUGACAAAUUGUAUGUCUCCCUAUUUUCAACCUUGCCAGGUCUUCGUGGAAAAAUGUGCAUCAUUUCCAAGGCUGUAACCCUUACCAGUCGACCUUCAGUUUGUAAAUGAGUGAACUUCUCAUGUGGCAUAUGCUUUCAUUAACUGCAAAGCUUACCUGUAUUGUGUCUUCCUUUCUGAAUUCUUUUCCAGGCUCAGCUGGGUGUAUUUCAAGAGCAUCUUGAUGACAAUAUAGUGUCCGUUCUUCUUGAUGCAGGAGUUCUGUUUCUUCUCAGAUGGGCAUUAGAUGACUCCUCCGAUGCUGUCAUAGCAGCUGCCAUCCAGUGUUUUGCUGCUAUUCUCAUUGUGCCAAGUGACAAGGUAUGCAUGAUUAUUAACCCUGUCACUCCCAGACAAAUAAAUUUCCAACUUUCAUUUUCUUUAAAACGCUGAAAUCUAAAUCUGGUCUCCCAAGUGGCUUCUAAACCAGAAUUUUUUCUCGCGAAGGAGAAAAUGUCCAUCGCAUUGGCGACCAUUAUUAGUCACAAUUUUGAGCCCUGCAUACAGAUCAUGAGAAGUAAGAGAACGUUCACUGGAUAUACAGGUGGAUAGUUUUGGUUCCCAUAUCAGGUACUGUUGAAGAAAAAGUUAAAACAGCAGUUAUGACCCACACCAGUGGCAGAUCCAGACCUUCAGGUAAGUGGGGGGCCCGGUCAUCCGGUCAUCCCUAAGAUAAGGAGGGAGGGGGGGCGGCGUUAAAAAAAUUUUUUGGUCUAAAAAUAGGGGAGCCGGCCCCCCUUGGGCCCCUCCCCUGGAUCUGCCACUGCACACAAACAACUUUGUAGUAAUCAAGAGCUCAGCAUGAUUUUACUCCUGUAAAGUAUAGAACAAGGGCAUUUUCCCAGCACCUCGAUACUUCAUUAAUAGUAGAGGGUCAGGGUGCAAAGGAAAUAAUUUUUACAGCUUGCCAUUUGGGCAAGCUGAAGCUAGCAUUUACUAGCCAAAGUGUCAUUUCAACUAGCCCCAAAAGCUUUUUUGACGAGUGGAAUUAAUUUCACAGUUCUUCCUUUAUUCGAAUUGCUCAAAAAACAUCACUUGCCUGUUGGGCAAGUUAAGAACAUAAUUCACUAGCCCGAUAGCAAAAUCCACUAGCCCAGGCUAUCGGGUACUACUUUCUUUUCAAGCUGAGGAUUCCUUCUUAGAGUAAUCCCUAAAUACUUACAGACCUUUCAUUGUAGGAAUUAGCUGAUAAGUUGUUCAGCUUUCCACGUGGACAUGAACUUCCAUCAUUGAGCCCUGUUAAUGAGAAAGAACAAAAAAGGUCUAAUGAAGAGGAAGAAGGAGAAAAGGGAUUGACAGAUGCUGAGCUACUCAAGCAAGAUGUUGUUAAAGUACGUAGCAAUGCAGGCUGAGCUAAAACUGGGCUAAAACUGCAUGGGAUGAACUCAAUAGUAAUACCACUGCAUACAUAUUGUGUGUAAGGCUUUUUGUAGGCUGAAUGAUGACAAUUUAGAGACUUUUUGGGGUUAAAAAAAUCAAUAUUCUGCAGAAUGGAUGGAUAAUUAAGAAAAUCAGUCUAUCCUUGUUGUAAGAGCCUGUAAUGUUUACAGGUGGUGUAAAAGAAAGAAAACAAUGCAGUCAACACAAUAAAGCCUUGGAAAAUAAAAGGGAACAACAGUUAGCCUGAGAAAACCAAUGCUUCCACUUGUUUCGCAGCAUAAUGGUGUCUGAGGAACAAGGAUAGAUAUUCCAUACUGAUGAAGUGUCCCUACUCAGGUCGGGAAGCGCUACUGAUCAGAUAUGAAGUAAAUUAGAUGAUCAAAAGUAAAUUUUCAACCAGAAGAGAAUGAUCACCUAAGGCAAAAUAAUAAUUUCAUCUUUUAUUAAAUUCUGUCAAAUAAUUCUUUGAGAAAAUUAUAGAGAUCAGUCUGAAAAAUUACCUGAGAGGCAUGUUACAUAUUCUAGACUUUUGUGAUAUUGUGAUGUUGUUGAAUAUUCCCAGGGACUGAUUCAGAUGAGUAUAUUGCCGAGACUAAGAUACGUACUUGAAGUUUGUUGUCCAGCAGCCCCUGCAGUUCAGGACAUUCUGGAUAUUCUCACGAGAAUUUGUCAACAUUCUACACAAGUCGCAAGUGAAGUCAUUAAAUGUCCAAGACUUGUGGAAGCCAUCUUUGUUAACUUUCUUCCUCUCUCCUGGAAAACGUCUGAGGAAAUGAAUGGAUCUGUGAACGGUCAGCCAGUUAGUGGAGCUAUGCGAUUUGUUAGGUCUAUUUGUUGUGCAGGAAGGCACAUGGCUGCAAUGCUGGUGAGUUAAGUAUCCUACUUUUAUCAGGACUUAACUUGAGUGGCACUAUUCAUACUGAGUUUCGUGAGGUUUUGGGGGGCAUAUUUCUAGUUAAAAAAAAGAAUGUACACUGUAAUCUUAGCAACAAAAUAAUAGUGUGAAACAUUCUGGCCACAUGAACUUUCUGCUUAUUUCACAUCAGACAGAAUUACGUCAAACAUGAUCCAAAAUGGCAGCCCACCAUCAUGCUGCAUGUUUAUGGUCUUUGGAGGAAAAUGGUGUAAGAUCAGAGGGACAGUAACUAAACACACUGAGAGAAAUGAAGAGAUCAGAUGUGGACGCUAAACCUACAUGUUUGUGAUGUAACCCUUGCUAUUUUCAUUGACAGAUCUCAAAGUACAAUUUACUUGACCGACUUAUGCGCUACACAGCUCUAACCCCUGGUAACAUGCAGGUUGAACUACAGGAGGCAUAUUCACUGUACAUUGAAAGCCUGCAGACAUGGAGAGUAUGUGUUUUGUAUGGCUUGGGUUGUGACUCUGUCAGGUAAUCUUCAAAUCGAGCAAUUGCUCAUUAAUAAAUAAAUCAAUAAGUAACAAUUUACAGGUAGCACUUACUAAGUGGUUCUUUGUCUACCUAAUACCUGGUCUAAUUGAAAUUUUGGACAUGCUAGUUUUUGAGGAGAGGGGGAAACCAGAGUACUCCUCUCAGAGCAAGGGAGACAACUAACAACAAACUCAACCCGACACUGGGAUUUAAACCUGGGCAACGUUAGUGGGAGGCAAGUGCCCUCAUCACUGCGCCAACCUCGCUCACCAUCAAUCCUUACACAUGUAUGUCCUUUCAGUGGUAAUUUGGCAAGAGGCCUGGCAGCCACCACGGUGGAACUGGAAUGUUUGGAGAAUAGCAAAAUUUAUAUUACAAAACAAAUAUUGGUAAAUUUGUUACUGCUGGUUUUGAAAAUCAUGUAAAAGAGCUGUACAGGACUAAAAAAAAAAAAUAAAUUUGAGACUCUUGCUAGUCUUGUGGACUAGCCUAAGAAAUUUUAGUUCAGUCACAUCUCUCUUUUUACCCGUCAAAAUGUUACAAAUAACAUUGACAAUAAUAACUUGAGCUACUUAUUCCUAACAAAAAAAAAAACCUACAAUUAAAAGUGAAAAUGCUUUUGUCUUGAGACCUGUAUUUUUUCUGGUGUCUUCUUUGCGUGUUCCACCAAAAAGACAAGCAAAGUGAGAGUUUGUCUGGACAAAACAAAUGGUCAUUCUUGGCUGAACAUUGUCUGUUGACCAGCCAUUAUUUGAACCUCAGCUCUUCAACUGCCCCACCGAAAGCAUACUUCACUCAGGCAUAGGAUGAAAUGGCAGAAUUUUAAGAACUCUUGAAGCCUCGAUGGUGUUACUAGCUUCCUUUUUUUUAUUAAUUCCAGGGAAAUGUACUCGGCUUUUAUAGAACAUCUGCAAUUAGUUCAAAGUCUGUCAAUUUUAGUGACCAUGCCUGAAGGAAAAGCAGAGCUUUCCUGUGUCACUGCUGUAUUUGGUGUCAUAGAAGCUGCCAUUUAUGCUGCUAGUACAUCUGCUGACCACAAGGCUCAGGGAAAUGCAUCAACUACUGAAGAGCACCAUGGGAUAGAUUCUCUGCCACCUUUGGCUCUUAAUUGGAGUCAUGUGACUGGAUUCCUGCCUCUGAUUGGUGCAAUUAUAACUAAGUGGGUUAAGGAGAUUGUGGAUUCAGAUACAACAACUCUUCAGGUAUAUAAAGUACCUUAUAUUAUUACAUUAAAUAAUAAAACAUAUUAAAGGUCAUGGAGAAUAUAGGGAAUGAUCACAAAGCAAAAAAGGUAUUGAUUGUAGAACAAAUUGUCCUCAGCUCAAUAGGAAAUAUGUAACGUACUGUACAGAGAAUAUGCAUGCUAUAAAUAGACAUGUAGUGUAUAUACCUGUAUUGUGGAGGUAUUAAUGGUAGGCCAUUCUGUGAUGUUCACUAGCUUUCUUUGACAAGAAACUGUCAUUAGCCUUCUUUGUCUUCACCCAGGAGCAUAAGGUACAAGACGACAUACUGUUGGUGAUGACCCUAUAAUGUACUAGUAUUCUAUAGUAUACCCUGCAAGCGGAGGUUUCUUUCCAGCAUGGCUUUUAGCAUUUGCAGAGUCAUUUGUGUCACAAUUGUCAUUUACGUAGUUAGCUUGCACCCAAGAGAAAUGUUCCUCAUGGGGGUAACUAUAUUACUACGUUCUUAGUGCUACUAUUACUGAUAUUUGCUUCAUGUCUUUUUGUUUUACCAGCCUGAAAACCUGUGUCUUCUUUCUGGAUCUCUUGCUAUUUUAACCGCUUUCUAUACUAAGCCACUUGAGCAGGUACAUGUGACAUAUAGGGCAGACAGUGAGAUUUAAAUGAAGGCUGCUUCUGUAAACAACCAUAGUCUUGUAAUAUAAGAUGCGUACACUUUGCAAAACAAAUUUUCGAUUAUUGUGAUGACUGAUUCAUUAACAGGGUACCCACUCACCAGUGGAAACUCUCCAUGAGCUAGAGCAACUGACCAGUACUGUGCUCCUUCCCAUAAUCAGCUCAAAAUUCCUGGAUAGCUGUUUCACUCAAAUCAGGUAAAAAUGUCCAAGACUUGUGGAAGCCAUCUUUGUUAACUUUCUUCCUCUCUCCUGGAAAACGUCUGAGGAAAUGAAUGGAUCUGUGAACGGUCAGCCAGUUAGUGGAGCUAUGCGAUUUGUUAGGUCUAUUUGUUGUACAGGAAGGCACAUGGCUGCAAUGCUGGUGAGUUAAGUAUCCUACUUUUAUCAGGACUUAACUUGAGUAGCACUAUUCAUACUGAGUUUCGUGAGGUUUGGGGGGGCAUAUUUCUAGUUAAAAGAAACAAUGUACACUGUAAUCUUAGCAACAAAAUAGUGUGAAACAUUCUGGCCACAUGAACUUUCUGCUUAUUUCACAUCAGACAGAAUUACGUCAAACAUGAUCCAAAAUGGCAGCCCACCAUCAUGGUGCAUGUUUAUGGUCUUUGGAGGAAAAUGGUGUAAGAUCAGAGGGACAGUAACUAAACACACUGAGAGAAAUGAAGAGAUCAGAUGUGGACGUUAAACCUACAUGUUUGUGAUGUAACCCUUGCUAUUUUCAUUGACAGAUCUCAAAGUACAAUUUACUUGACCCACUUAUGCGCUACACAGCUCUAACCCCUGGUAACAUGCAGGUUGAACUACAGGAGGCAUAUGCACUGUACAUUGAAAGCCUGCGGACAUGGAGAGUAUGUGUUUUGUAUGGCUUGGGUUGUGACUCCGUCAGGUAAUCUUCAAAUCGAGCAAUUGCUCAUGAAUAAUUAAAUAAAUAAGUAACAAUUUACAGGUAGCACUUACUUAGUGGUUCUUCGUCUACCUAAUACCUGGUCUAACUGAAAUUUUGGACAUGCUAGUUUUUGAGGAGAGGGGGAAACCAGAGUACUGGGAGAAAAACCUCUCAGAGCAAGGGUAGACAACUAACAACAAACUCAACCCACAUAUGGUGUCGACACUGAGAUUUAAACCCGGGCAGCGUUAGUGGGAGGCAAGUGCCCUCAUCACUGCGCCAACCUCGCUCACCGUCAAUCCUUAUACAUGUAUGUCCUUUCAGUGGUAAUUUGGCAAGAGGCCUGGCAGCCACCACGGUGGAACUGGAAUGUUUGGAGAAUAGCAAAAUUUAUAUUACAAAACAAAUAUUGGUAAAUUUGUUACUGCUGGUUUUGAAAAUUAUGUAAAAGGGCUGUACAGGACUAAAAAAAAAAUAAAUUUGAGACUCUUGCUAGUCUUGUGGACUAGCCUAAGAAAUUUUAGUUCAGGCACAUCUCUCUUUUUACCCGUCAAAAUGUUACAAAUAACAUUGACAAUAAUAACUUGAGCUACCUAUUCCUAACAAGAAAAAAAACCUACAAUUAAAAGUGAAAAUGCUUUUUGUCUUGAAACCUGUAUUUUUUCUGGUGUCUUCUUUGCGUGUUCCACCAAAAAGACAAGCAAAGUGAGAGUUUGUCUGGACAAAACAAAUGGUCAUUCUUGGCUGAACAUUGUCUGUUGACCAGCCAUUAUUUGGACCUCAGCUCUUCAACUGCCCCAGCGAAAGCAUACUUCACUCAGGCAUAGGAUGAAAUGGCAGAAUUUUAAGAACUCUUGAAGCCUCGAUGGUGUUACUAGCUUCCUUUUUUUUUAUUAAUUCCAGGGAAAUGUACUCGGCUUUUAUAGAACAUCUGCAAUCAGUUCAAAGUCUGUCAAUUUUAGUGACCAUGCCUGAAGGAAAAGCAGAGCUUUCCUGUGCCACUGCUGUAUUUGGUGUCAUAGAAGCUGCCAUUUAUGCUGCUAGUACAUCUGCUGACCACAAGGCUAAGGGAAAUGCAUCAACUACUGAGGAGCACCAUGGGAUAGAUUCUCUGCCACCUUUGGCCCUGAACUGGAGUCAUGUGACUGGAUUCCUGCCUCUGAUUGGUGCAAUUAUGACUAAAUGGGUUAAGGAGAUUGUGGAUUCAGAUACAACAACUCUUCAGGUACAUAAAGUACCGUAUAUUAUGACAUUAAUUAAAAAAACAUAUUAAAGGUCAUGGAGAAUAUAGGAAAUGAUCACAAAGCAAAAAAGGUAUUGAUUGUAGAACAAAUUGUCCUCACCAGCUCAAUUGGAAAUAUGUAAUGUACUGUACAGAGAAUACGCAUGCUAUAAAUAGACAUGUAGUGUAUAUACUGUAUUGUGGAGGUAUCAAUGGUAGGCCAUUCUGUGAUGUUCACUAGCUUUCUAUGACAAGAAACUGUCAUUAGCCUUCUUUGUCUUCACCCAGGAGCAUAAUGUACAAGACGACAUACUGUUGGUGAUGACCCUGUAAUGUACUAGUAUUCCAUAGUAUACCCUGUAAGCGGAGGUUUCUUUCCAGCAUGGCUUUUAGCAUUUGCAGAGUCAUUUGUGUCACAAUUGUCAUUUACGUAGUUAGCUUGCACCCAAGAGAAAUGUUUCUCAUGGGGAUAACUAUAUUACUAUGUUUUUAGUGCUACUAUUACUGAUAUUUGCUUCAUGUCUUUUUGUUUUACCAGCCUGAAAACCUGUGUCUUCUUUCUGGAUCUCUUGCUAUUUUAACCGCUUUCUAUACUAAGCCACUUGAGCAGGUACAUGUGACAUAUAGGGCAGACAGUGAGAUUUAAAUGAAGGCUGCUUCUGUAAACAACCAUAGUCUUGUAAUAUAAGAUGCGUACACUUUGCAAAACAAAUUUUCGAUUAUUGUGAUGACUGAUUCAUUAACAGGGUACCCACUCACCAGUGGAAACUCUCCAUGAGCUAGAGCAACUGACCAGUACUGUGCUCCUUCCCAUAAUCAGCUCAAAAUUCCUGGAUAGCUGUUUCACUCAAAUCAGGUAAAAAAAUUUAAAUUAUAAUUAUUCAGAUUUAUUAUUCAGAGAUUAUUUCUCAACACUUCUUUGGGACCCGAAACAUGGCGGACGCCCAAGGGGGUACCUAACAACAAAAUUCAGUGAUGCAGCGUGAUAAACUAGUGUGUGAAAGGGGUACCAUUUUUCAAUAAAAGGUACACUGUAUACGAAAGGGGGUAUAUAAAAGGGUAAGGGGUUGGACUUCCACAGAUUUAUUUCUGUGGCAACAAAGGAAAUAGGAGAGGAGACGUCUGCAGGCUAGCCUGAAAUAGAUGGAUAGAUAAUUCAGAAGAUGGUUUAGAGUGAUGAAAGUCUUAUGAGACAGGAUCUUCCAUCUGUCUUGAUUAACAGACGGGAAUGAGACAGACCUGUAUAAUCGGUGCAGGUGCUCCCCUAGAAAAGUCGGGAGUCCCUACAAUGGCCUAUAUGAAGGGGCUCCACCCGAAAGGGGAACCUUUUUCAGGUUUCAGGUACACAGAAAUGGUGGGGAUUUCAUUAGUUGCAGUUUAUUAAAGGGGAGGGAAUAUACCACAUUGGUCUGUAAAGACUUCUAAAAUGGCUAACAGAUAACAGAACGGAGAUUCGUCUGUUGGACAAUAUAUUAUAAAAAAUAUUCUUAAACACUAACAAUUGGUUGAAAGUUUGGAGGAGCUUUUAGGAUCCAUCCGGAUACCUUCAUCAGUGAUGACGUUUGUUGUUUUUCGCAGCCUUGUUUUGAUGUAGCUACAAAAUUAUUCCAUAAAUUGUGGAAAGGUUGUAGCCCUGUUCACGGUUCAUUUCCAGUUGCCGAGUAUGAAUGUUUAUGGAUUCGCGUAUGCAUUUUAUGGCUGUGAAAAAAUCGUGAAAACUUUCUGAUUUGGCGAUUCAUUCAUAUUUUAAAAACUCUGCAUUUGUCUAAACUAGUGUGUGAAAGGGGUACCAUUUGUCAAUUGAAGAAACUAGUGUGUGAAAGGGGUACCAUUUGUCAAUUGAAGGUAUGCAACAGGGGUAUAGAAAAGGGCAAGGAGUGUGACCUCCGCGGAUAUAUUUCUGUGGCGACAAAGGAAAUACGAGAGGAGACGUUUGCACGCCGGCUUGAAAUAGAUGGUUAGAUAAUUCAGUAGCUGCUUUUGGGCUUGGCGAGACAUUUAAGCUCAUAAAAGUUAACCAACAAAUUUUCUUUUGAUAAUUAUUACUUUUCCUUCUACAGCUUGUCUCAUGAUAUCAGAAGCUCAAAGCCAUCGGAAAAGGCCAUUAUGAGCCUUCCUGGGUAUGGCUCGUUGGAAGUGAGUUGUAAGGUUGGAAAACCAUUCGUGGAGGUACACAUCCAUGAACUCAUUGGCUUCAUUUCGUCUUUGCUACAGCUGAUGUACCAAGUCACUAAGCUACAUAAAGGAUUGGCUGAAAAGGUGCUGUUCUGUACUGUACUGUACUUUCUUCGUUUCUUUUGUAUUUGCUUUGCUUCUGCUUUCUGCUUUGUUGCUGUUGUGGUUGUUGUACAUGUAUGUAUGGAAAGCAGUGAUUGUUCUUUUAGUGUACACAAUAACCUAGCAAGGUAACUACUCCAACACUAAAACAAAAUUCAUUCAUUUUUUCGUAAAAACAAACCUUGUGCUUUGCUUUUGAAUUCGAAAUUUUUCUUAUCGUUUUGUUUUUUAUUGUUACUUUUAGUUUGUUGCUGUUUUGCACAGGGAAGCCAUCCUCAAGUACUUAAUGCUUGUUGUAAAAUCAAAGGCUUGUACAUCAAGUAUGAAGGUAGCGUUUUUUUUUUUCUUACUUUCUGAGAUUUCUUUGUUUUCGUUUUCUUUUUCCUCUUUACUCACCCUUAUGUGUAUUAAUUUCAGGAUGAAGCGUUAUGUUUCCUUUCUCGCCAAGAGCAUCAUUUGCACUAUUUCUUGCUUAAACUAGCCAAUAAUGUGGUAAGAAAUCCUAUUUCACAGUGUUUUAGUCAUCUUUCAAAAUAACUUGUCCCUAUUGAGCAUAAAAUUCUCCUUGUGUUGGUUGCUAGGCUGUCCAAAACUGUUAUCCACCCUUUACGAUCUUACGAGUGAAGGGGUGCAUGAACAUUCAAAUGAAAGCCACUGCUUAUUAUGCUUUACAAGGUGGUUCUAACUUUUAAGACUGUGCGUGAAAUCCUAACGUUUGACCAUUCAGUUGAAAGCUACUGAGCAGCAUUUUCCUGUGGUACUGUUUAUUAUUCUAUAGAAAAUGUUUCAUAUUUUUGCGUCUGUGGAUAAGAUGGGAUGUUGUAGGCCGGAACUGCGAAUACAUUAUUAUUCUUAUAGCUUAUGGAUCAUCUUGAUUUUCCCUGUUAAGACUGGGUCACUGUUAAAUCGAAUUGCACUAUGGGAAUGUUUUAAGAACGCUAUCCCUUCUUUAAUGAGGUUAGCAUUAGGUAGCAUAAAUUGGCUGAUUGAAGCCAGAUUUUUUUUUCAGUGAAAUUACAUGAAGAACAACUAAGUCCACCUUUACUGUAUAAUAUAAAAUAAGUUAGUUAAACAGAACUGAAAAUUGCUUUGAGCCCGAGUCAUUUGCUUCACAACCUACAUUCAUAUCCACUAUACCAUCGAGUACUAGCUGCCAAAUCCAGUCAUUUUUAUGCUGUCUCCCGUUACAAUAUUUGAAAGCUAACCGUUUUCAGUUCAGUGCUUAACCCUAAUCACUGCACAUUAGUGUUUAACUCUUUAGUAUGUUCUCUCCAAAACUGGCGCUCUGCAGUUUUGUUGUUGUUGUUCUUGUUUUUUUUUUUCAGCAGUUCUACAAGGUUAGUGGGGUUUUGUUACAGUCUCGUUACGUUAGCACAUUGAUACGUUGUGUAAACCUCAUAAAGUGUCUAAUCGGGCUUCACCCGAUGUUAUCUAAUGCCUACCCUUUAAUGAGGCCGAUACGAAGUCGCGCAGGAAACUGAGUCAAAAUUUCUCCCCCAAAAUAGGUCCAUAGAUGUUCCAUGGUACAAUUCGACACAACACGAAUCCAGUUUCCCGCGUAACUUAAAAGUACCCUACGUACCCGCUCAUUUUGUAGGUGCAUUUUUUUAACUGCCCAGAAAUUUCAGCGCCAAGUUUUGCUCUUUCUUUUUUAGUUUGAAGCGACAGAAUCACAAGAGUUGAUUAGCACGGUACCAUUGUGGCAUGAAGUUGGGCUCCUGUUGUUUUCCAAGCUCCUCCAUGGAGAUGAAUUUUAUGCUUUUGACCUCCUCUCCACUGUUUUAUUCAAUUCGAAAUUUUUUCGGUAAGUGAAGAGAACGUAAAGUCGUUAAGCUGUCAGAACUGGACGUCAUUUUUGUAAGUUUGUAUGCUGUUUGUAUCCAAGAACUAGGCUAGGGAUCUUUGGCCAGAAGCGAGAAAUCAGCUAGAAACAGGAAAAGGUGUUGCGCCGUUCCCGCUAUUUGAACGCCUGGAACAGGCUAAAGGGCUUGGGAAUGAGCGUGCAAAUCGCAUGGGGAAUCGUGAGAUUCUGUGUAAACGUUUACAGAAACAAGGUUUUUUCAACGCGAGUGCCUCCAUGACAGGACAGGUCCCUGUCUGACGAGAAAACCAUUGAGAUGCGUACAAGAAGAAUACUUUCCACGCGAAAAGGGGAUUCGGCUAUGGGCGGAAGAUGGAGGUCAAACAGAAACAUGGUAUCACGUAACCAAAUUGUCCUUCACGUGCCGUUUACCUUUCUUUGCGACAAUAAAAGUUACGUUUCAGUAGGCAUAUUCGUAAAAAUAAUUUUACACUUUUUUAUCUGCUCUUUCUUAAUUUCAAAAAAAAAUAAUUACUAAUUAUUUUAUGUCAACCUUAACGUGAUCACAGCGUUAAUUCGCAAAACAAGUGCGAGCGUAAUUCAUUUCUUAUGAGCCGAGAAAACGCGUUUUUUGAAUCAAGAGGAAAUGCAAAGUCAAUUCAGUCACAGCUUGCUGUUAUGCUCUGUUGAAAACUACUCUAUUCAGUUGACUUUGUGCUUAUUCUUGUUUCUAGUGUUCCAACAAAUGAACCGUCAUCGUUACACGUUAUCAAAGACUUAUCGGAGAUGUCUCUCGCCAGUCCUCCCCAGUCAACUACAUACGACGCUUCCACUGCUAGCCGAGGGGAGCUUGUUGCUGAGGCUUAUAAUAACUUGCCUUACAUUCGGUCUGUUUUUGUGGAUUCCUUUCAGGGCAAGAAGCGCGCGUUGGAUUUUUCCAGGUAAAAACUGCGUUAAGUUGAUCUUUGUCGCAGUGAACACUACAACCUCCUUCCCUGGUUUUUCUCCUACUGCGCGGGGUCGAGCAGGAAAGAACCCUGGGAACGAGUUUGUGAACAUCAGGCUAUCAGCUCUGCUUUCGUUCUGUUCCUAGAAAAUAUGAAGAAGCGGGAAUCUUUUCAUAGAGAAAAGUUGUUGUUUAUGUCUGAUUAAUGUGUCCUCUGCUUGAGACCAACUUCGUGUGCUUUGACCUUCAGCGAAUGUUAUCCGCUUGGUUUGAUAUCAUGGCUAUUGGGCAGAUUUGAAUUUUUUUGUUGUUGUUGUUUUGUUUUUGUUUUUUUUGCGACUUCGCUUAGAUGUCUUUUUGUGUUCAAUCCCGUGUCAUUCACACCUCGUAAAGUGGUUUUUGCAGUUUGCAGUUACUAUCAAAGUGUUUACAUACCAUGUAACGGUUCAUUUGACGUCCCGCGCUUCUCCCGCCCCGUCGCCAGAGCGCCCCAGAGAGCUUGCUUACAGGCUACUAUACAGCUUAUUAUAAGUGUUAGGGAGACCAAUUGCGUUAUCCACUGAAUAGAAAUUUUAUGUCCUCCACUCUAUUAAAGUGGCAAGAAGUCCUCUCGGUGGGGAAAGCAACUACGGGGACACGAUAACACAUCUGAGAUUCUAAUUCGCCACUUAAGAAACGACAAGAAAACUGGAGCCGAAAUGCGUCGAGCAAUCUUUUCUUGGAUCUUUUCUACUGGGGAUGCGCCGGUCAGUUAUUGGCCUAUUUUUUUUCGCUCUCCCUACUAACAAUCGCCGAAAACUUCGGGAAAGUUACUUCUGUGUUGUAUUAAGCAAGCUGCGGCCUUGAGAGGUUGAGUUUAACACUACUUUAUUGUGAGCGACAAUAUGGCCGAAUGAAAGAAAAACAGGUAUUCGCAAAUCAUCAUCAUGAUAACAAUAGCACCGGAAACAUAAACACCGGAAGUGACUGGCUAUAGCUAGAAUCAUUACAGUUUCGUUCUCGUUUUUUAAAUGGCGAAUUGGCGAAACCUGUUCUGUAAGAACUUUCUUGUAAUAAUAUUUGAACAUUUUUCAGGUCGCUGUCCCUUCACCAGGUGCGCAAAACACAGUCGUUUCUCGUGUCUCCCUGCACGGGCCCCAUACAACCGGCUGACUGGAUGUUUCUCCCAAUUGUGAAAUUACACAACCAAGCGAUAAGUGUGUAAGUAAAAUCCCUUCGUUCAGUGUACCACAUUUGACUGGUAAGGUCUGGUUAGCCUUCGAGAAACCUCUCCAUUUGGGGUAUAACGUUGAAAGUCUCGCACGAGCGGCACGUCGCUCGCGCCUUUUCGCGCGGUCUGCUUCGCCCGCGCCACUCGAAAUCGAAAGGCUGCUCGCAGGCUAAGGUCUGGCUUCACGGCGAGAGACAUUUCGUAGUGAGACGCGGCUGUAUUCAAUGGUUUUGCAAGGUCUCGCAACCGUCUCCUGUGAGACAGAAAAAAAGGUCUUUUCUCGAGUGUUCUUAGCCCCAUUGGCUGUAUAUAGGAAUAAGGUUAUGAAGAAUUUACUUCAAAAAAUCGCGUAUCUCUAGGUUUCGCUGUAAUGUCUGAAGUUCUGGCUCAGGUGCAAUUUUUUAGGUGCACCAUUUCGUUGGUUCCAUGGAAUCGUAAUACGACUAACCAAACGAAGUAGGUGUGAAUUAAACAAGAAACUCUUUACCGAUGAGUGAGACCUCCACAAAAGGCCUCUGUGUUCAACAUGAUAAUACGGCCAUUUAUACAAGCAAAAACAAUACGCAAAACAGUGCCGUAUAAACGGCACAUUUCGUCUGAAAUAAGUCGCGACUUAGUAAAGACGCUUCUUAUUUUUCCCCGUAUAAAUGGCCGUUAUGUUCGUCUAAAAUAUUCCCACGAUCUGAUAAAAUCCCGACUGCUACCGGACUUGAUAGAUCAAUUUAGGUUUCUGGGAAACUGUCCACCUACCCCUCCCCAAAGCCAUCAUUUUGCCCUAAGUGAGAAGUAAGUGUUAAUGUUAGCUUAGGGGAGGGGUAGGUGGGCAGUUUCCAAGAAACGUAAAUUGAUCCCACUUGAUAACCGGGCAAAUAAAAUAUUAUGUACAUCCAAAGAUCUGCGCAGUACGUGCACUUAAAGAUCAUCAGGUAAGGUAUGGCCAACAACCCUCUAAUUUGUGGGAAUAAGAUGGUGACCUGGACCGACAAAUGUCCUUUUCAAAAAAGAAAAGUUAUUUGUAGCACUGAUCUGUAUGUAUGUGGUUUGAAGUUAAAUUAGGCGGCCAAAUACAUUGGAAACUUCAAAUCUGUUUCUCAAUUUCUGACUUUAAAAGCAUUCUUACUUAUCAUUAAUCAAUAUAUCUUUUUGUUGUGUUUCUGUGGUAAGUGAGAUGAAAGGCAAGGAAAUUGAUACUGUUGCUAGUCAAGCCGUUUCUAUAGUAACAGCAACCCUUCAGUUGGUCCUUCUGUUGGAGGAUUGGCGGCCUUCAUGCUUACGUCACGUUUCCAUGACAUCGCGAAUUGCCAGAAUUAUGUGUGUCUUCUUAACAGGUAAGAAGAAAAGCUGAUUGUAGCAUGCGAACGCAGACGUAUUUCCGGUCGUGUUUUUUUUUUUUUCGCGUUCUCGUGUGCUGCACAAUAUGAACCUUUUAAGAGCUCGUUUGUAGAAAUUAGUCCACUCGUUAUUUCAUCUCAAACAAAGGCCACUUUGCCCUGCUACCCAUGGGAUAAAAGUUUCAUCUCGUUUCCUUACAAUCCAGAAUGUUUUAACUCUGAAAAAAAAGAAAUUAAAAUCAAUACAACGGUCAAACGAUAAAAGGUUUGAAAGUACUUUCUGUAUAAUUUAACCGUGGAAUUCUCUCUUUGUCAACUUUCAGGGAGUGAUUUGUUUCUGAACAGCAAAGUCCAUGACUAUUUGUCAGUUCUUUUGCGGAUUUACACAAACUCUGCAAAACUAGCGAAGCUCGAUUUCAAUUCCCCAAUCCCUGGACUCACGUCGUUCUAUGAUCUGUAAGUAACACGCUUUUAUUUCGCUCGAUAUCAUAUAUCUUUUAUUUUUAUUAAUAUUUUUAUUGAUAAAUCUGGCACUUAAUUUGAGUUUCUGGAUGGAGUAUUAGCCUUACGCCGGCGGCGUUCAGUCGGCUAUCAUUCAGCAUUACUUGAACUUCUUGUUGCGGAAGUUCUUUAUUUCCGAAGACUCAAUGCAAUGCUCAAGUCUCACUGUAGAACUACUUUACUGUGUACCGUUUCAGGGUAUCUUUAGCCUGUGAACAGGCUCUCUGUUAUGGGAUGGGGUGAAAAAAUCGCGAGGAGAGGGAUUUUUUCACCCUUUCGCAAACCAAACAGAGGGCCUGUUCACAGGCUAGGGUAUCUGUGGAUUAAAUUGAUACUUUUCGUUUUGUUGUGCAUGGUUUUUAAUAUGUUGUGAAGGAAAUUUUUACAUGUAAGUGAUAUAGUUUAAUACUAUGUAAAACCCUAUCGUAUGGUUCGUUAUUCUUCUUUUAUCGGAUGAUAUAAUUUCGGUUUUUUUUAGGUACGCCUCAGUACUUUCACAGUAUUCCGCGGUAUCCUUUGGUGACCCUUUGUUUGGCUGCUUUGUCGUCCUUCCGUUAACACAAAGACACGACAUUAAGUUUCGUAGAGCUGUGUGGGAUGAACACAUAGGUGUAUUAAGGGCCUUAGCAAUUCCCUUAGAUCAGGUAACGUGUAACUGGUGUCUAGUACUCUUACACCGCCAUUUGAUUUGUCACGUAACGCUUUUCGGUAGUUUUAUUGAGGCAGUUCAUACCGUCAGCUGUUGUGAGUUUCAUAAUUACACCCAACGCGCGAAUCUGCAUUUUGGUCGGGCCGAUAGUUAGCAAGAAGAGCGAACCUGUGGAGAGAAACACAGUACCUUCAGUUCUUCAAUACUCCCACAUGCGUUCCAAACGAAGUAGCCCUUUCCCAAAAGGCAACGGGUUUGUGCGUUGUGAAGACACUUGUGAGCCUCGGUUGUUAUAAUUUUAGCCGCAGUUGUUCAAAGGGUAGAUAACGCUAUAGGUAGAUUUCUGUCCAGCAGAUGACGUAAUUGUUUCCCCGUGUACCUAUCCGGGAUAUAGUGCUGUCCAAUGUCUGAACAAUUGGUGCCUAAACAGCAUGUUUUAUAGAGAUUAAUCGGUAAUGUCGGUUUAAAGACCAGGUCUGCCUGGACUAGGAGAAUUUGCCUGUGUGCAAUGAAAAUUUAACAAGUUUAGUUGUCUCUAAAAUGAAAUGACAAUUUAAUGUUGACUCUUUUUUCAGCUGCCUAUUCCUUUGGAGGAAUUUUUGUACCCAAUAGAACGGAACCAGUCCUUACUCGCGCUUUAUCUUCGAGCUUUAGCCACUCAGACAGUGAGGUGAGUGUCCUUAUCCCACGGUGUUUCUGCUUUAUAACCGAGGCUUACACCAAUGUAAUGCCUGUAAAGGUUGAGGGUUAAACAAUCAUAACAUAAACACCGGAAGUGACUGGCUAUAGCUAGAAUCAUUACAGUUUCGUUCUCGUUUUUUAAAUGGCGAAUUGGCGAAACCUGUUCUGUAAGAACUUUCUUGUAAUAAUAUUUGAACAUUUUUCAGGUCGCUGUCCCUUCACCAGGUGCGCAAAACACAGUCGUUUCUCGUGUCUCCCUGCACGGGCCCCAUACAACCGGCUGACUGGAUGUUUCUCCCAAUUGUGAAAUUACACAACCAAGCGAUAAGUGUGUAAGUAAAAUCCCUUCGUUCAGUGUACCACAUUUGACUGGUAAGGUCUGGUUAGCCUUCGAGAAACCUCUCCAUUUGGGGUAUAACGUUGAAAGUCUCGCACGAGCGGCACGUCGCUCGCGCCUUUUCGCGCGGUCUGCUUCGCCCGCGCCACUCGAAAUCGAAAGGCUGCUCGCAGGCUAAGGUCUGGCUUCACGGCGAGAGACAUUUCGUAGUGAGACGCGGCUGUAUUCAAUGGUUUUGCAAGGUCUCGCAACCGUCUCCUGUGAGACAGAAAAAAAGGUCUUUUCUCGAGUGUUCUUAGCCCCAUUGGCUGUAUAUAGGAAUAAGGUUAUGAAGAAUUUACUUCAAAAAAUCGCGUAUCUCUAGGUUUCGCUGUAAUGUCUGAAGUUCUGGCUCAGGUGCAAUUUUUUAGGUGCACCAUUUCGUUGGUUCCAUGGAAUCGUAAUACGACUAACCAAACGAAGUAGGUGUGAAUUAAACAAGAAACUCUUUACCGAUGAGUGAGACCUCCACAAAAGGCCUCUGUGUUCAACAUGAUAAUACGGCCAUUUAUACAAGCAAAAACAAUACGCAAAACAGUGCCGUAUAAACGGCACAUUUCGUCUGAAAUAAGUCGCGACUUAGUAAAGACGCUUCUUAUUUUUCCCCGUAUAAAUGGCCGUUAUGUUCGUCUAAAAUAUUCCCACGAUCUGAUAAAAUCCCGACUGCUACCGGACUUGAUAGAUCAAUUUAGGUUUCUGGGAAACUGUCCACCUACCCCUCCCCAAAGCCAUCAUUUUGCCCUAAGUGAGAAGUAAGUGUUAAUGUUAGCUUAGGGGAGGGGUAGGUGGGCAGUUUCCAAGAAACGUAAAUUGAUCCCACUUGAUAACCGGGCAAAUAAAAUAUUAUGUACAUCCAAAGAUCUGCGCAGUACGUGCACUUAAAGAUCAUCAGGUAAGGUAUGGCCAACAACCCUCUAAUUUGUGGGAAUAAGAUGGUGACCUGGACCGACAAAUGUCCUUUUCAAAAAAGAAAAGUUAUUUGUAGCACUGAUCUGUAUGUAUGUGGUUUGAAGUUAAAUUAGGCGGCCAAAUACAUUGGAAACUUCAAAUCUGUUUCUCAAUUUCUGACUUUAAAAGCAUUCUUACUUAUCAUUAAUCAAUAUAUCUUUUUGUUGUGUUUCUGUGGUAAGUGAGAUGAAAGGCAAGGAAAUUGAUACUGUUGCUAGUCAAGCCGUUUCUAUAGUAACAGCAACCCUUCAGUUGGUCCUUCUGUUGGAGGAUUGGCGGCCUUCAUGCUUACGUCACGUUUCCAUGACAUCGCGAAUUGCCAGAAUUAUGUGUGUCUUCUUAACAGGUAAGAAGAAAAGCUGAUUGUAGCAUGCGAACGCAGACGUAUUUCCGGUCGUGUUUUUUUUUUUUUCGCGUUCUCGUGUGCUGCACAAUAUGAACCUUUUAAGAGCUCGUUUGUAGAAAUUAGUCCACUCGUUAUUUCAUCUCAAACAAAGGCCACUUUGCCCUGCUACCCAUGGGAUAAAAGUUUCAUCUCGUUUCCUUACAAUCCAGAAUGUUUUAACUCUGAAAAAAAAGAAAUUAAAAUCAAUACAACGGUCAAACGAUAAAAGGUUUGAAAGUACUUUCUGUAUAAUUUAACCGUGGAAUUCUCUCUUUGUCAACUUUCAGGGAGUGAUUUGUUUCUGAACAGCAAAGUCCAUGACUAUUUGUCAGUUCUUUUGCGGAUUUACACAAACUCUGCAAAACUAGCGAAGCUCGAUUUCAAUUCCCCAAUCCCUGGACUCACGUCGUUCUAUGAUCUGUAAGUAACACGCUUUUAUUUCGCUCGAUAUCAUAUAUCUUUUAUUUUUAUUAAUAUUUUUAUUGAUAAAUCUGGCACUUAAUUUGAGUUUCUGGAUGGAGUAUUAGCCUUACGCCGGCGGCGUUCAGUCGGCUAUCAUUCAGCAUUACUUGAACUUCUUGUUGCGGAAGUUCUUUAUUUCCGAAGACUCAAUGCAAUGCUCAAGUCUCACUGUAGAACUACUUUACUGUGUACCGUUUCAGGGUAUCUUUAGCCUGUGAACAGGCUCUCUGUUAUGGGAUGGGGUGAAAAAAUCGCGAGGAGAGGGAUUUUUUCACCCUUUCGCAAACCAAACAGAGGGCCUGUUCACAGGCUAGGGUAUCUGUGGAUUAAAUUGAUACUUUUCGUUUUGUUGUGCAUGGUUUUUAAUAUGUUGUGAAGGAAAUUUUUACAUGUAAGUGAUAUAGUUUAAUACUAUGUAAAACCCUAUCGUAUGGUUCGUUAUUCUUCUUUUAUCGGAUGAUAUAAUUUCGGUUUUUUUUAGGUACGCCUCAGUACUUUCACAGUAUUCCGCGGUAUCCUUUGGUGACCCUUUGUUUGGCUGCUUUGUCGUCCUUCCGUUAACACAAAGACACGACAUUAAGUUUCGUAGAGCUGUGUGGGAUGAACACAUAGGUGUAUUAAGGGCCUUAGCAAUUCCCUUAGAUCAGGUAACGUGUAACUGGUGUCUAGUACUCUUACACCGCCAUUUGAUUUGUCACGUAACGCUUUUCGGUAGUUUUAUUGAGGCAGUUCAUACCGUCAGCUGUUGUGAGUUUCAUAAUUACACCCAACGCGCGAAUCUGCAUUUUGGUCGGGCCGAUAGUUAGCAAGAAGAGCGAACCUGUGGAGAGAAACACAGUACCUUCAGUUCUUCAAUACUCCCACAUGCGUUCCAAACGAAGUAGCCCUUUCCCAAAAGGCAACGGGUUUGUGCGUUGUGAAGACACUUGUGAGCCUCGGUUGUUAUAAUUUUAGCCGCAGUUGUUCAAAGGGUAGAUAACGCUAUAGGUAGAUUUCUGUCCAGCAGAUGACGUAAUUGUUUCCCCGUGUACCUAUCCGGGAUAUAGUGCUGUCCAAUGUCUGAACAAUUGGUGCCUAAACAGCAUGUUUUAUAGAGAUUAAUCGGUAAUGUCGGUUUAAAGACCAGGUCUGCCUGGACUAGGAGAAUUUGCCUGUGUGCAAUGAAAAUUUAACAAGUUUAGUUGUCUCUAAAAUGAAAUGACAAUUUAAUGUUGACUCUUUUUUCAGCUGCCUAUUCCUUUGGAGGAAUUUUUGUACCCAAUAGAACGGAACCAGUCCUUACUCGCGCUUUAUCUUCGAGCUUUAGCCACUCAGACAGUGAGGUGAGUGUCCUUAUCCCACGGUGUUUCUGCUUUAUAACCGAGGCUUACACCAAUGUAAUACCUGUAAAGGUUAAGGGUUAAACAAUCAUAUUUCACGUCGAUAACUCGUGACAGUUAUUCAACUGAUAAACUUGAGGUCGACGUUGCACUCAUUAUACCCCCACCCCUUCCCCCCCUCUCUCUCUCUCUUACACACACACUCGAACCUCCCGCUAACUCGAAGCAAUUUUCAUUUCCCUUCAGACCAUUUUCUACAUAAUUUUACCGUCGAUAACUCGAACUUUUUCUUUUUCCCUAGAAGGUUCGAAUUAUCGGGAGUCGACUCUAGUUAAAGCUACACAGAAAGAAAAGAAGUCGAAAAAAAGAUGUGAUGUCACCGGGACUGAUCUAGCUCGGGACGUCGCGCACUGAAGGCCGCGCACUACUCCCAAUAGAAACAAACCUAACUAUACAGCGUGUCUUAGUUACAAUGCAGUCAUAUACAAUUAUGAUGCCACUCUCGGAAAAAAAUGCAAGUUGUGAGCCUACAUAAAGGGCUUAAUUAAACCUGACUUACGACUUUUAAAACCUGUUUGAUGUGUUUCAGGGCUCAGUGGUCUCCGCUGUUUUAUCUUGUUGCUGUUCACCACGUAAAUGCCUUUAUUUUUCAACGAGUCAAUCCUGAGGUUAGUCUGGCCUACCAAUAUCCCUGCCAUUGGAUGCCUUUUUUUAAUAACCGCGAUCGAAUGACUUGUGUUGUAUGGUCGCGAUAAAAUUUUAAAUUUCAGUUGAUUCAACCUUUAUGACAGGUAGCCUACAAAGCAGGCGCCGGUUUUGUUGGGGCGAAGGGUGAAAUUUCGAGGACAAUCGCACACGCAUGAGUGGAGAAAGAAAAGGAGGCCUCCUCUUCUCUUCACGUGAUCCCCUCGCGCGCUUUGAUUAAAACUAGCCUGAUACGCAGGCUACGAUAAAAUUGAGAUGGUUUAUCCAAUCCCGUACUUACCAUAGCAGUUUAACGGAGUUACGUUGUAACUUCUGGGAAAUAUUUUAACUUUAAAGAGUCUGUGGGAGACAUAAGUAAAAUAGAUCAAGGAAGCUCUCAAGACAGAUUAGAAACCUUCUUUACGCUUGGCUUUGAAAUAAGACUGUCAGCGCGAGCAAGCUCAUGCCUCUGGCGCUAGAGAGUUGGGGGAGGGGAGUUGGCUUCUUUUCUCUUUUGCAACCUGCCCCGCAAGCCCAGAACUUGCUCUCAGAAUAUUAAUUUUUAGGCGAAACCACCAUGAACAAGUAAGAGUCUGAGGACCGUAGUUCUGCGCCAGCAACCUCGUUCCCAGGGUUCGCUCCUUAUCGUGCCCGGAGUGAGAGAGAACACUGGGAACGAGGUCGGCGCGCCGAAGUUAAACCACUAUUAACACUGGAGGUUUUGACUACACGGGUAAAUUGCUUUGCGAGUUGCGUGGAACAGUGAUCGGGUUUCUAUUUGACUGGUUUCACUUCUUUGUUUUUUCUAGGAUGAUCGUGGGCUUAGACAGAAGAUAACCCUGUUAAAGCAAGUUCUCGCUGUGCAAAAUGAGGUGGGUAACAUUUUUAUAUUUUAUAAACUCGGCUUCUAGCUUGCAUUGGUGUUUCCUUGUAUCACUCAAUAAAACAGUCAACCGACAAUUUUGUCGUCAGUCAAAACCACGAUAAAACAGAGGGCCAACAGACUGGCAAAAUAUGUUCAUUUUCGCUAUAACGAACGAUAUCUAGGUGUUUUCCAUAUAUUUUACCAUCACUGGGACAAAGAGCACAGGAAAAAAUAACAGAUUCCUAUUUUUGGAUAUUUUAGGGUAUUUAAAGAAUACCCACAAAAAACCCAAAUUUGGAAGAGUGAGACAAGUCCCAACCAGGGAACUUGGCUGGGAAUUCCCUGGUUGGGACUUGUCUCACUUUGCCGAAUUUGGGAUUUUUAUGGGUAUUCUUUAAAUACUCUAAAAUAUCAAAAAAUGGGAAUCUGUUAUUUUUUCCUGUGAGUAUCGUACGUAAUACAGCGGACUUCGUUAAACAGGGCUUCGUUAUGACGAGGUUCCACUAUAUUGAAUUUCUUCAGGUUUUAAAUUUACGUUACUUUUUAACUCGUCGAUAAAACUAUUUUUUGUGUGUGUAUCACUUUCUUGCCGGCGCAACAUCACACUUUACUGUAACGCUAACUCACUAAUUAGUUAUUCAGUAAGCAGACCACUCCAUAAUAAUCUGCGCGAUGGUGAGUAAUGUCAAAAUAACCCGCAUUAUUAUCGGUAAGAAGUUUUAACAACAGUUAGUCGGAAACCCACCAUUUCGUCAUCUCCCAUAAUGCACCUCUUUUGACCUCAACCACCAUCAACCCUCCCUUUAAAAAAAAUUUUGCAUUAGCUUUUAUUUUAAUUUCUCCUAGGUAUACCAGUCGUCCCAAGAAAAAUUGAAGACAAUGCUUUUUUUUUUGGGGGGGGGGGUUGAGGGGUGGGGUGGCAAACAAGGUGUAUUAUGGGAGAUUUGCAAAUAGCAAAUAGCUGAGCAUAGUUCACCGACCGGCCUGUAAUAAUUUCACAUUAUCACAUAUUUUGUUGCUUCUAGUUAUUUAUUUUUGUGUUUUAUUUAUUUCAGAAUGUCCGUCAUGAUGUUCUACACUACUACAAGCCUGUUCCCUCAGAUUCGACGCAACUUUUCGAGAAAUUUACCAGCCUUCCAGUAGAUAGACAACUGCUGCUUAGAAAUCGAGAAAACCUGGAAGAUUGCCGUAAAAUGUACCAGAAAAUCGCCUCGUGUGAAUAG